GUUCACCGCAGCUGUUUUGUUUGCGUAUUUUCAAACAGUCGUACUUUUUGCAAUCACGGUGAAUGUUUGUUUCAAUGUAGCUCGACUGGUUCGUUUUUAAUGUUGUAUUUCACUAUUUAAGGUAAAAAUGACGCAGUGUUGGGUCUUUGCUGCUCUUCUUUUGAGCACUUCUAUUUUAAGUGAUUCGGAAGCAAAAGCAUUCCCUUCGCUUCCAGAUUUCGGCACUACUUAUCAUGUCAGAGGAAUGAUUUCUUUACCUUAUGCUGAGAUCAGGGAGCCAUUCGAAGCCUGGUUUGACCUGAAGGCAAAGUCCAGCCGCAUAGAUUACUACAAUGGACAAGUGUCGACAUACCAGUUGGGGGCGGAGCAGUCUUGGGGGGCUUCCUACAAAAUCUCCCCGGAAACCACAGAGGAAGAGCUGAAUGUGAUGAAGUGCUUCCAGGUCAACGGAACUAAAGAUGAAGCGGUCACACCACAGUCAUGUCUGCCCGAUGUGCAGGGCUUCCAGUUUUUAAGGAUGGAGGACUAUGGAGGGUCCCUGUGUGAAGUAUGGCAGAACGUGACCACUGUGGGCAACAAGAAGAACACGUAUACGCUGUGGGUGACCCAUACUGAGAAGCGUGCCGACGGUGUCGAAGAUACUACCACUCCGCUCCACUAUGAGAUGAUGGGAUACAACACCCUGCUGGGCUCCCACUUUGACAAAUACCUGGUGGACUACAAGGAGUUCAGCUCCUUCGUGGACCCAAAAGUCUUCACGCUUCCCGAAGGUAUGAGCUGUGGAGGCUUCCCUGGUCCGGGGGUGGAGCAUCACAUGUUGGCCAAUCCCAUGAAGGAUCUCAUCCACUCCGCGUCUUCAGGCCACUCGCAGCGCAUCUUCGCUCAUUUCCAAGACAAGUUUCAGCGCCGCUACAGCGACGAACGGGAGCACGAGGAGCGAGAGCACGCUUUUGUACACAAUCUCAGAUAUGUCCACUCCAAGAACCGAGCGGGUCUUCCCUUCACGCUGGCACUCAACUCCCUGUCGGACCGUACCAUGGCCGAGUUGGCCGUCAUGAGGGGUCACAAGCGUGGAAAGACUCCCAACCGAGGACGCCCCUUCCCUUCUAUGAUGUACCAAGGAGUCAAAGUUCCCGAGUCGCUAGACUGGCGGCUCUACGGCGCUGUGACCCCCGUGAAGGACCAAGCCAUCUGUGGCUCCUGCUGGAGCUUUGCCACCACUGGAGCGCUAGAGGGCGCCCUCUUCCUGAAGACGGGGUCCCUGCAGGUUCUCUCCCAGCAGAUGUUGAUGGACUGCAGCUGGGGCUUUGGUAACAACGCCUGUGAUGGCGGUGAGGAGUGGAGGGCGUACGAGUGGAUCAUGAAACAUGGAGGCAUCGCCACCACUGAGACGUACGGACCUUACAUGGGAAUGAAUGGAUUUUGCCAUGUGAACGCGUCCCAGCUGACUGCACGCGUCCGGAGCUACACCAAUGUCACGUCUGGUGACGCGGAGGCUCUUAAGGUGGCGCUGUUUAAAAACGGCCCGGUGGCUGUGAGCAUCGACGCCUCGCAUCGAUCCUUUGUCUUCUACAGCCACGGCGUCUACUACGAGCCUGCGUGCGGUAACACCACCGAUGACUUGGAUCACGCUGUGCUGGCAGUAGGAUACGGCACCUUGGAUGGAGAACCCUACUGGUUAAUUAAGAACUCAUGGUCCACCUAUUGGGGCAACGACGGCUACAUCCUCAUGUCCACCAAAGACAACAACUGUGGCGUCACCACGGAUGCUACAUACGUCACCUUAGCAUAAAAGGUGCGCAUUUUCUGUCUGAGUGAACCGAUCUCCUAUAUUGAUGUUCUAUUGCAGGAUGUUUUAAACAGGUCUUUUUGGCCUCUGUGAUGCUGGAACGGCUUUUUAAAUACCACUGUUUGAGUGCAAGUAGAUGGAUGGACUGUCUGAAUUAUUAAAAAAAAAAAAGUUAAUGACUUUUUGGA